AAAAUUCGUGCCAGGAACAAAUCAGCCAGUUGCACUUGCACCACGCCUCCUCGUGGCCUCUCGUCGAUCCGCACCAUGGAUACGGCCUGCGGCGGCGAGCCACCGCAGCCGAAGGCGGUGUGCGUCAUCGGGGCCGGCAUGGCCGGGCUGGCCGCGGCGCGCGAGCUGCGCCGGGAGGGCCACGACGUGACGGUGCUGGAGCAGAGCGGCGACGUCGGCGGGCAGUGGCUGUACGACCCCAGGACCGACGGCGCCGACCCGCUCGGCGCGGCGGCGCCGGUGAAGGUGCACAGUGGCGUAUACGCCUCGCUCCGGCUCAUCAGCCCCAGGCAGAGCACGGGCUUCAGUGACUUCCCCUUCUGCCCCAAAACCGGCCGCGACAACCGCCGUUUCCCCGGCCACCGCGAGGUGCACCUCUACCUCAAGGACUUCUGCGCCGCGUUCGGGCUCAUGGAUGCCGUCAGGCUUAACACGAGGGUCCUGCGCGCCGCCAUGACGCCGGCGGGUCGGUGGGCGGUGAGAUCCAUGGACCUCGGCCUCGGGGAGCGCGAUGGUGAUGCCGACGGGAAAGCGUUGGACACGUACGUCGACGAGGUGUUCGACGCCGUCGUCGUCGCCACCGGCCACUACUCGCAGCCAAGAUUGCCGGGCAUCAAAGGCAUGAAGACAUGGAGGGGGAGGCAGAUGCACAGCCACUCGUACAGGGUGCCGGAGCCGUUCCGCGGCGAGGUGGUGGUGGUGAUCGGGUGCGGGGAGAGCGGCAAAGACAUCGCCAUGGAGAUCCGCAGCGUGGCCAAGGAGGUGUACCUCGUCGCUGGGUCCAUGGAGGCGGUCACCCCAGGCUUGUCCAAGGUGCUGGCCAAGCACAGUGCCAACCUCCAUCUCCGACUUGAUGUGGAGCGUCUGUGCGAGGACGGGCGGGUGGAGUUCAAGGACGGCGGCGGCUCCAGCGUGGCCGCCGACACCGUCAUCUACUGCACGGGGUACAUCUACUCGUUCCCGUUCCUGGAGACGGGCGGGGCGGUCGCCGUGGACGACAACCGCGUGGGCCCGCUGUUCGAGCACGUGUUCCCGCCGUCGCUGGCGCCGUCGCUCUCCUUCGUCGGCGUGCCGAGGAAGAUCUUCGCGCCCCGGUUCUUCGAGAUGCAGGCCCGAUGGGUGGCGCAGGUGCUGUCCGGCAGGCGGGUGCUGCCGGCGGAGGAGGAGAUGCUCCUGUCCGUGGAGGAGUUCUACCGCGCCAGGGAGGCCGCCGGCGUGCCCCGCAAGUACACCCACGAGAUCGGCGGGCGGGACCGCAUGUACAUGGACGAUUUCGGGGAGAAGUGCUGCGACUUCCCCCGUCUCGAGGGGUGGAAGCAGGAGCUGCUGACCUCGUCCGUGCGCGACAUGAUCGAGGACUUGGAGACCUUCCGCGACGAACACCAGGACAGCGACUCCAUUCGCGAGGCUAUGCAGGAGUGGCAGCUCUCUUGUCUGCACACCAAGCCUCCUACAACUACCAGUUGUUGCUGGCUUGCUGCUACACAGGCGGAGACGGUCGUCCCUGCCAAGCUGCUCUCCAUCAACAAGCAGAAUGAUGAUUAAAAUGUAAAAGUGGAUGGGGACUAAAUCUGCCCAUGGGCAGCCCGGCCCGAUGGCUCGGGCACGAGAGCCCAACAUCCGGGCUAGGUUCGGGCUCAGCUUUUCUGCUCGAAGCCCGACUCACAGGUCCAAAUAAAGUUCAAUAUUUUUUUAAAUUUAAAUUGGGUGUAAUAGGCAUUUAAUGAAAAUAUAUAUUUUAAAUUUGAUCUAAGAAAAAUCAUUUAAUGUAAAACUGUGUUGUUCACAUG